AUGCAAGCGCAACUACAUGAGCAAAAAGCAUUCAUUAGUUGGAUGCGUGAAACAGGUAAUAUGUUCACAGGCGAGGAAUAUCAUCAACGCCUUGGAAUUUGGCUUACAAAUAAGCGCCUUGUCCAAGAACAUAACCGUGCAAAUGCUGGCUUUACAGUCGCUCUCAACAAACUCGCUCAUCUUUCUCCAGCUGAAUAUCGCUCAAUGCUCGGAUUUCAUAUGAGUAAGACUCAAGUUAAAGCUGUUAAAUCCAACGGCGUUCCAAACAAUUCUUGUGACUGGCGUCAAAAGGGUGUAGUUAAUCCAGUUAAGGAUCAGGCUCAAUGCGGCUCCUGCUGGGCAUUCUCAGCUAUCCAGGCCCAAGAAUCUCAAUACGCAAUUACAUUUGGUCAACUCCAAUCUCUUUCAGAACAAAAUCUUGUCAAUUGCGUUGAUUCAUGUUCUGGUUGCGAAGGUGGCAUGAUGGAUAUGGCAUAUGAUUAUGUUAUUAAGCACCAGAAUGGAAAGUUCAUGUUGGAAGAUGAUUAUCCAUAUUCUGCAACACAAGAAUCAUGCAAAUUCGAUAUUAAGAAAGGUGUUUCAAAUAUCAAUAGUUACCUCUUUUGUGAAGAAGGUAGUGAAACAGAUCUUGCCAUAAAGGUUUCUACAUUAGGUCCUGCUUCAAUUGCUAUUGAUGCUUCACCAUGGUCAUUCCAAUUUUAUUCAUCAGGAAUCUAUGAUGAACCAUCCUGCUCAUCAUCCCUUCUUGAUCAUGGCGUUGGAUGCGUUGGUUUUGGUACAGAGAAUAACGCAAACUAUUGGAUCGUUCGUAACUCUUGGGGAGCAUCUUGGGGCGAAAAAGGCUACAUCCGCAUGAUUAAGGACAAGGGCAAUCAAUGUGGUGAAGCGACAUUCGCAUUGUUCCCAGUUGACAGAUAA